AGUAGUUCCCCUUUCAAAACUUCUGGUUCCUAAGUUCACACAAGCGCAUGGAGUCGUUUCUGCUUGUCUAAUUUCAAACACAAGUGUAUUCUAUAUAAAUAUUCUUUGGAACUAAGAUCUAGACUCGAUUGCAUUUGUUUGUGUAUAUUUUAAGAAAAGUUUCCUCUAUUUUUUGUUAUUAUUAGUCAAGUUUAAUUAUUAACAAUUGCUUAGAAAACUUUUGACACUAGAUCCACUAGGAAUAGUUUUUGGCGGUAAAAUCGUAUGUAUCAUAAUGUAUUCCAUCUCGUUUAAACACAGUUCAGGACAACAUUAAAUUUGAAACAUGAAAGAACUAGAUCUAGACUUAAUACUAGGUUGAGUGGUUCGCUACAAUUCUUUGGAUAUAAUUACAGAUAUCAACCGCCUACGAUGAUGCAUUAAUUGUGCCCAGGUUUUGGAGUACUUAAUCAUGGCAGCGGAACGAGUGCAAAGAAGGAAAAUCAGACCUCUAACCAAGAAACACAUUUUUUCAGAUGACAAAAUACGAGAAAUCCGUGAUACUUUCCACAUGUUUGACAAAAAUGGUGACGGCAUGAUCACGUCUGAUGAGCUGGGUUCUGUCAUGGUAUCUCUAGGGCAGAGACCUUCAGUGCAUGAGCUGAAAAACUUUAUCAAAGCUGUGGACACUGACAGAAGUGGCACCAUUGACUUUGAAGAGUUUGUCGACAUUUUCGCUCGCAAGGUCACAAUGGACCCAGAAGCAGAACUGAGAGAAGUCUUCAAAGCGUUCGAUGAUAAUCACGAUGGCUAUAUCUCCCCACAGGAGCUCUUCAACGUCAUGAAAAAAUUAGGCGAGAAUAUAACUUUGGCCGAGGCAACGGAAAUGGUGAGAGAAGCAGACGUGAACCAAGACGGGAAAGUCGAUUAUUCAGAAUUCAAAGCCAUCUAUUAUUCCAAGUCCUGAGUUCGUGUACACCGUUAGACAGUGUGAAGCCUUAGCAGUCAACAGGUUUCACUUGUGGCGUGAGAUACAUCACCUGUCUGUAAUUAGGUUAAUUAAAAGCAAUAUGUGUAUAAAUGUGCAUAUAA